AUGGGCGAGCUACUCAACCACAGCGGUAGCGGGGCAUUGAACAUGACUUUGAUGGAUGAUGACAAAUUCGGCAGUCUGGAGGAUAUUGACGUGACCGCGGACGGCACCCCGAUUCUAAGGAUAAUCAUCUCCGUUGUGUACUCCAUUGUUUGCGCGGUGGGGUUAAUUGGGAACUUGUUAGUCUUUUUCCUAAUGAGAUUAAAACAGGGCCGGAAGAAAUCGAGUAUUAACUUUUUCAUCAUCAACUUGGCAAUGACGGACUUCCAGUUUGUGUUGACUCUGCCGUUCUGGGCAGUGGACACCGCACUGGACUUCAGCUGGCCGUUUGGAGACGCCAUGUGUAAAAUCAUCCUUUCCGUAACAGUUAUGAACAUGUACGCGAGCGUGUUCUUUCUGACUGCUAUGAGUGUGACCCGUUACUGGUCUGUGGCCUCGGCUCUGAAGAAUCGGUCGAGGCAGAGGUCGUGUUCCGUGAAAUGGGUGUGCGCGGUGCUGUGGGUCUCCGCAACCAUUGCCACAGCACCCACUACCAUCUUCUCCUCUGUGACAGUAGUGGCUGGAGAGAAGCUCUGCCUCAUCAGGUUCCCCGAGGGACAUGACUGGCUCGCGCUCUAUCAUCUCCAAAAAAUCAUCAUAGCCUUCGUCAUACCCAUGCUGAUAGUGUCCGUCUGCUAUCUGAUGCUCUUACGGUUUAUCCGUCUGAGGAGCAUGAACAACAACCACCCCAAACGGAGGUCGAGGGUGACCAAAUCUGUCACCAUCGUGGUCCUCUCCUUCUUUCUUUGCUGGAUGCCAAAUCACGCCAUCACAUUCUGGGGCGUAUUGGUGAAAUUUAACGCUGUCAAUUGGGAUAAAUCCUACUAUUUGGUCCACACCUAUGUAUUCCCGGUGACUGUGUGCCUCGCGCAUGCCAAUAGCUGUUUGAACCCAGUUCUGUAUUGUCUCAUGCGACGAGAAUUCAGAAAGAUGCUGAAGGAUUUGUUUUGGAGAAUUUCCUCACCAGCAAUCUCCAAAGCCUGUACAAUACGUACGUUUACGGGGACGUGCAACACACGUGUAA